AUGGAUAACGUGGAACAAUUCAAAACGUUUGAAAAAGACCAACUGGACACAAUCCAAAUACUUGAUCAUACCAGAACCGAUACAAUUCUAGUAUGGCUUUCUUCUAUUGAACAAGUUUUUACCGAUUUGAGCUAUAAAGAACGAUUAUGGCCAUCUUUAUCAUACGAUUACUUGGAUUCUGAAUUACAAGACUGGUACAAUAAAUCUAUUUUCUCUUUUUCAAAUGAUUGGACAAAAUUUAAAACACAACUUGGUUUGUACAUAAAUCAAGCUUCUGCUUUAUCAACGAGUGCUGUAAAUUUUCAAUUAACGACAACUACAGAUCAUAAUAAAUCAGUUGAAACGCAGAAAGAAUCUUCUUUCACAAAUGAUAUUAAAUCGCAAGGAACCAUACAGAAACAUGCGGAUCAACAAAAAACAAAUCAGUUUUUGCAAUUUAUUGGCGCGUUUCCCAAGUUUUAUGGGGGAACUGGCGCUGAGUCGUGGUUAACGAAUAUUCUCAAACAAUUCAAAGAUCUAGAUAUCGAUCAAGACAUUAGAUUGUAUUAUGUAAAGCAUAUCAUGGAAGAUCAAGCAUUAUCUUGGUAUUUUGAGAACGAAGACGAAUUUUCAAGUUUUGCUGCAUUCGUGAAACUCUUUCGUGCACAUUUCAUAAAAGUACCAGCUGCCAGUACUCCUAUUCUUACUUCUCACCCGUCUUGUUUCUCUACCCUUCAAUCAAACAUUACAUGUACAGCUUCUGCACAAUUUGAAGGUAUAUUAUUACCAGCCCUUCUUGAAGAUUUUCUCAAAAAACAAAAGCAAUAUUCUGGUGGUAAAGAAAAUGUAGUUCGAUGGUUGGAAGAUCUAGAGCAGCAAUUUAGCACAGUCAACUGGCCUAAUGAUAUGAAAUUAAAAUAUAUUGCACGUUUUCUUAAAGAUGAAGCACGGCAAUGGUACAUCCAAAAUUCAUCACAUAUUUCGUCAUGGUCGGCAUUUAAAAAAGAAUUUACUACAGUACAUUCAUCUACAUAUUAUGUAACACAAUCAUUUCAAUGUUUGCAACAAUAUUCUCAAGCAAUUAAUCAAUGUGUGUUACAGUAUCACACACAAGUAUUACAGUUAUGUCAAGAUGCAAACCCUGAUAUGGAUGAAAGAACAAAAGUACAAUAUCUUAUGGCAAAUUUAUUAGCAUCUCUCAAAAUGAAAGUUAUUUCAAAAGAUCCUCAAACAACCGAUCAAUUUUUGCAAAUAGCAAGAAAAGCUGAAGAUCUUCAAGCAUUAGUAAACCAAGACGAAAGGAUGAAUAAUUACUCAAAUGAUUCGAUAGGAACAACUUCAAAUGUUAAUUUUCUUCUGCUCCUUAUGUAG